ACAAACAACUAAAAAAACCCAAAUGCCACAUGUGUACAACAAAAGCCACAAUUAAAUAGUAAAAAGCUGUACAACCGGAGUGCCGCAAAAAUUAAAGUGCCACAGAAAAAUGUCUCUAACCAUUUUAAUGUAAUCCCAAUUAAGCCAAAUCCGUAUUUAAGGCUCAUUUAAAAAGCUGCAAAAAUUCUGUGCAAACAAAAAUUAUAAAAAUGCAAAGAAACCUAAAGAAACCGAGAGACACCAGUGGGUAUUCAAUGAGAUCGACAGCAACAUGAGUAAAACGACAUCAAAACUGCCAACUGUCAGAAAACUGGUAGCCUGCAAAUGCACCCGCAGCGAAGACAAAAAAUAAAUAAAUAAAUAUAUAGAUAAAAAGUUAAAAAGAAAACAAAAACAACAGCACUCCCUAGAGUUUAGUUUGCAGUUCGAUUUGCAGUCGGAGCCGGCGGCUUAAUUACGCAAUUAAAUUAUAUAUUUGGAGUGCCAUUUGGAGUUGGAAAGUUCAAAGACCCCAUAGGAAUCUAAAGCACAGCCCCGGGAGACAACUUAAUAAAUUCUGAUCGAAGCUUUUGGGGCAGCAGCCACACCAUGUGCCAUGGAGAGCCUGGGCCUGGGCAGCAGACGCAACAACGGCGGCAACUCGACGGCCGCCCCCACGACGGGCCAGGGGGGCGUGGUCGGGGGCGGGGGCGUGGCCGGCAAGGUUUUGGUCCACACAAAGUUAAAGCAACAGCAGCAGCAGGUGCAGCAGCACCACUCGAAUCAGAAUUACUAUACGCAACAGCAGACGCAAUUGCAGCGACUCAAGCAGCAGCAACAGAAGUUGCAGCAGCAGCAGCAACAGCAACAGCAGCAGCAGCAGAUGGAGGCGGUGCAUGGGGGCGUGGCUAAGCACUGUCUGCAGUUUCCACCACCGCCAGACUAUCCACCACCCAGCGGCCAAUCUCCGAGCCAAACGCCCGCCAGGCGCCAACAAUUGCCCCGGUAUCCCGACCCAGAUCCGGAUGCCAUAGAGAUCUGCAAUGAGGUGGCAACUCUGGAGACAUCACCACAUCAUCUCAAGCAGCUGGCGGCGCGGCAGAGCAAAACGCUGGGCCGAAACCUAGGUGGCCACCACCAGCAGCAACAACACACUGUGCACCAUCUGCAUCAUGACUACUCGUAUGCCUACUACGAACCCGGUGCCGCCAUGAGGCACUCCAAUGUGCCGGGUUCUGCCAGCGCGGGGGGAGGAGUGGGAGGCGUUUCAUCGGUGGUGGGCAGUUCGAACACCACCAGCUCCUCAUCCACAUCCCCCUGCUCCGUGGAGCCACCACCCAACUCGAUCCGAGCGCUGCUCUCCAAGGGCAAGAAGAACAAGCAACUGGUGAGUCCGGCCACCUUGCAAUCCUACCAGACGCGCUACCACAAACUGACCACCAAAGUGGGUCCCGGCCAGAGCGAGAAUUUCUACGAGGAGAUCAACGCGGCUGCCCUGCAGACGAGCAGUAGUAGCCACAGUGGCGGUCAUCAUCUGCGCAGUACAGUGGGCUCCCAUUCGGCGGGCUCGCUGAAUCAAACGCUGGUGGAGGAGGAGCUGCGUCGAGUGCAGAGCCGGCAUCACAAGAUACUGGGCGAGCUGAAUCUGAGUGUGGAGGCCAUGCUGAUGCCGGAAAGUCCGCCCAAGUCCAUGGAGCAGCCACAGGGAGCAUCCGGCUCUGGGGGAGUUGAGCCACCGCAGCCGAGUGUGAGUGUGACGGCGGCCAGUGGACAGCCGCCCACGAUUCUGACCCGACUGACAUCCGCUUCGGCGGACAACAUCUGUGAUAGCGGAGAGGGGGGAAAGAGGGCCAAAGGGAGUGCUGCCGGCGUGGAGCAGCUGAUGGCCACCACCACGUGCGGCGACCUGGACAGCGGCUUCAGCGGCAGCAGUGGGGCCAGCUACAUUGGCAGCCUGCGUCUUAGCAAAACGCAGCACAUCAAGUGCGCCCGCCAAACGCCCACGGUGGGCACCACCCAGAGCUGUCGUUCGUUCCAGCGGGCGGCCACUGUAUACGAUGAGGCGGGCAUGGCAGCUGCUGGUCAGAGUGCCAGUUCCAGUGGCAGUGGCAGUGGCAACGGCAGCAGCUUUUUCACGCGAGCCUCCUGCGGCCGCAGGAUACUCAGCUGCGCCAGGAUACGGGCUGCCGAGGACCCGGGACCCAAUCACCGGAAUGGCCAUCCAGCCACUCAGGCUCAGGUUCAGGUUCAGGUUCAAGUUCAAAGCACGGCCACGGAAUCGAAGGCCAGGAGCUUUUGGAGCCGCAAGGGAUGGCGCAAACUGCCCGGCUUCUCCACCUCAACGUCCAGCAUCAAUGACACGGGGUUAACAGAUGAACAUAAACUGAACUCCGGCUCAUGGGAGGACACCUUGGACGAGCCGCAUCACCACCACGCACACCACUCGCACCACCACCACCUCAGUCAUCCACAUCAUCGCCAACAACAGCAUCAGCAUCAGCAGAGCUCCUUCAUUGGAUCGCCGCCGUCCAGUGCCAGCAUCACCACCGCCCAGCUGCAUAGUGCGUUUAGCCGGCGGAUUGCCGAGCAGCGGGAGCGGGAUCAACGGGAUCAGCGGGAUCAGAGGGAUCAGCGAGAAGCAGCGGGCUGCACCGCAGCCACAAUUGCCGGCGGAAGCUUCAGCGCCAACGGUGGCCAGGCUGCCGUUGGUGUUGGCGUUGGCAGCAGCAGUAGCUGCGGUAGCAGCAGUGACCAGGACACCAAAUCCCCUUGCCGUGAACGGGAUAGGAAUCUCGAGCGGGAAAGGGAUCAGGAGCGGGAGCGGGACAAGGAGAAGCAAGAGGAGAAGGGGGAGCGGGAGCGGGAGGAGGAGGCAGAAGCGGUUCUCACCGAGGAGGAGCAGACCAGCAGCAGCGUGAGUUCGCUAAGUGCCGGCAAUCAACGCAAUUCGCAAUUGCGUUCCACCUUCAACAAGGCCAAGCAGCAUUUGUCGUUUGACAAAUGGCGCACGGCCGCCACCGGAAACGCAACAGGUUCCGUAUUGGCAACUGCAUCCGCAUCCGCAUCCGCAUCCGGUCCAGGAUCAUCAUCCACUGAGAACAAUAACGCCAACAUGAUUAUGCGCAGGGCCAGUGCCUGCACAAUGCCAUCGAGUGGCGGUGGCGGAGGAGCAGGUGGCUCCCAGAGGGAGGAGGCCACCACGCCGGGUGAAUCGCCCGGCGGUCGUCUCUCCCGCUGGUUCUCCAUCAGGCGCGGCUCCUCGCAUCAGUACGAUGUGGGAGGGCGCGAUGGACGCCACUCCACAGCCUCCAGCUUCGAUACGCCCGAUUCGGGCUCGCCAAAUGCCACGGGAAAAGGUAACUCCGGCCUGGGCUCAGCCGGAUCAUCCGGCGGAUCGAGCCAAGGAGCAGCGCUGGACGCCGCCUCGCCGCAAAAGCUGGCCAAUUUGGGGGCCAGCAAAAUGAUGCCCGGUGUGCCAGAGUCGGAGGAUGAUGAGGCCACCGCCAAUCGCUUCGACAUGGACCUGAUGAUGGCGCCGGGCAGUCGGGCCAACGGUACCGCUCGUACAGCCCACAACCGGCUGAUUGUGCCCAUGUUGCCACCCGCGCCCGCCGGAUUGUCCCAGCAGCAGCUGAAGAGGCGCCACAUCGUGGCGGCCAUCGUCCACAGUGAGAACUCGUAUGUGGCCACCCUGCAGCGACUAGUCAAUGAUUACAAGAAACCGCUGGAGGAGUGCAGUCCGCCGGUGCUGAAUCCGGUGAAGAUAGCCACCCUGUUCCAUUGCCUGCCGGACAUCCUGCACUCGCACAAGCUGUUCCGCAUCUCGUUGGCCGAGUGUGUGCGGAACUGGGAUCGGGACGAGAAGAUUGGCGACUGCUUUGUGAGCGCCUUCGGGAAGCCACAGCUGCUGGAGAUCUACUCGGGCUUCAUCAACAACUUCUCGGCGGCCAUGGAGCUGGCCAAGAUGGAGGAGAAGCGCAAGUCGGCGCUGGCCGACUUCUUCAAGGUCAAGCAGAUCAGUGCCCACGAUCGGCUGUCGUUUUUCGGGCUGAUGGUGAAGCCCGUCCAGCGUUUCCCCCAGUUCAUCCUCUUCCUGCAGGAUCUGCUCAAGUACACGCCGCAGGGUCACCACGAUCGCAUGUCCCUGCAGUUGGCCCUGUCGCAGCUGGAGCUCCUGGCCGAGCUCCUGAACGAGAGCAAACGGGAGGCGGAGCAGUACCAGGCCUUCAAGGAGAUGCUCGGCCACAUCUCGGGCACCUUCAAUGCCCGAUCAUUGAGCCUGAGCAGCAUGAGCGUCAGCGAUUCCGCCGGCGGGCAUCGCCCGCGGUACCUGCUCCGCGAGGACAACGUCACCCACAUGGAGUUCAACCAGGCCGGCUUCAUUGUCAAGUGCAAGCAGCGCCGCCUGCUGCUCCUCAACGACAAGGUCAUCUGCGUUUCGGUGGCGCCCAAGCAGUCGCACGACUUCGGGGCCACCGAGAAGCUCACCUUCAAGUGGAUGUUCCCGGUGAACGACGUCGAUAUCGUCGACAACAGCACAUCGGCCACGCUCUCCAGGAUUCUCACAGCGGGUCUCAAUCGCGGCGGCAGCUUAAAGUCGAAUGGCAGCAGUGGCGCCAACGGCAGUCCCUAUGCCAACAGUACGCUGCCGGGAUACGGGGGAGGAGGAGGAGGAGGAGGAGGUGGCUCCGUUGGCUUCUCCGGAUUCGGGGACCCGCACAGCUCGCCGGCUGCCCAACUGACCAACGGGGCCGACAACCUGUGCAGCGAGAUGAGCACGCUGAUGUACGACUACGAGGUGAUCUCCCGCAUCCAGGACCUGGUGUGCAGCCUGAAGGGCAGCUACAAGGAGCUGAACGCCAACACGACGCGCAACGUGCUCAACCUCAUCCAGGGCUCCAUCCAGCGCAAGGACGAGGAGAUGGCCUGGGUGGACUCCUGCUGCCUGCAGCUCACCGGGCGCCACAAGUCCGGCAAGGAGGAGACCUUCACAUUCCAGACGCAGACGCCGGCGGUGAAGAAGGAGUGGAUCACGGAGCUGCGCCUGGCCCAGCUGGCCCUUGAUCCCAACAACUCGCCGGCCUGGGAGCGCGGUGGAUCGCAUCCGCAGUCCGCCCACCACCACCACCAUCCCCAUCAUCCGCACCACCACCAUCCGCAGCAGCAUGCGCACGCGACCGCGGGCGAUCCACGCCAGACGCUGGAGCAGCUGCAGCUGCAGGAGGCCGUCCAGCAGAAGCAGUCCCGCAAAAUGCCGCUCUUUGUCAAGGCGAUGCCUGUCUACAAGUCACAGCAUCAAACCGAGGUGCGCUGUGGAUGUUACUACAGCAUCGCCAAUGACACCAAGCAGAGCGGCAACGCGCGCCGGCGGCACAAGCAGCUGAACUACCUGUGGAUGUGCAGCAGCGACGGGACCUCGUCGCACAUCACCGUGCUGGCCCAGCAUCCGCAGCAGGCGGGCAACCUGCGCGAGGCGGGUGCCUUCGAUCUCUUCGAGACGCAGAUCUCGGCGCUGGAGUUCGUCAAGGGAUUGGAUCAGCUGAGGACGCGCGACGAGCCGGCCAGUCUGCUGGGCGACUUGGUCUGGCUGGGCACGGACAGCCGCAAGAUACUGGUGUACUCAGCGAGAAAUCCGGAGCAGGAGGAGCAGCUGGGCAGUUAUGCGGUGGCGGGGGCAGUGCAGCGCAUCCUCUACCACUUCGAUGCCGUCUACGUGGCCCUGUCGGGGGCCACGGUGCUGAUCUUCCGCCGCGGCAACGACGGCGUCUGGCAGAUGCGCGAUCCGCAGACCAUCAGGCUGGGCGACUCCGACCUGGCCGUGCCCAGUCUGCUGCCCAUCAACAUGUGCAUCUACGCCUCGUGCGGCAACCGGGUGUACGUGCUGAAUGCCCUCAAUGGAGAGAUCCAGCGGAGCUUCGAGGUGCAGCACGGGGCCAGCCAGCAGGUGAACCUGAUGGCCCACUCGGGCAUUGGGCUCUGGAUCUCGCUGAAGAACUCCACGAUGCUGUGCCUCUACCACACGGAGACGUUCAAGCACCUGCAGGACAUCAACAUCGCCUCCAGUGUGCUGCGGCACGACGGCAAGAAGGAGCAGCCGCUGAACAACAGCUCGGUGUAUGUGACCGCCCUGAUGGCCUGCAAGGGCCUGCUCUGGGUGGGCACCAAUGUGGGCAUUGCGGUGACCAUUCCGCUGCCCCGCCUCGAGGGCGUGCCCAUCAUCAGCGGCGGCAUCAACAUGUCCUGCCAUGCGCACUUCGGUCCGAUUACCUUCCUGCUGCCGCUCAUCCCCAAGGUCUAUCCCGCCUACAAGCCACCGCCAGUGGGUGGUGCAGCUGCUCCAUUGGUGCCCAGCAUGGGCGACGACCUCCAGUUGCCGGCCAUCGAUGCGGAUCCCAAGAUCCAGGAGCUGGACGACGGUGCCGUCGUGCUGCGCCGCGAUCUGGCCAAGGAGGAUGCAGCAGCAGCAGCGGCGGCGGCGGCGGUGGUGGCCAGUCCGGGUGCCGAUUCAACGGCCUCGUCGCCGCGCAGCUCCAAGCUGGACAAGCAGAACUCGCUGGACCAGAGCUUCACGGCCAAGAUACGCGCCUCGCUGGCCAAUUCGCCGGCCUUUCACCGCAAGCGCUUCCGCGACGAUCCGAACCGGAUGUCCAAGACCCUGCCACGCGGCCUGGGAGCCACUGCAGCAGUGGGAGUGGGAAUGGGAGUGGGAGCAGGAGCGGGCGUAGUGCCUGGCACCCCGGGCUCGGCCAAUUCGACAGGGAACACCGAGCACGGCAUCUGCGAUGUCUACGGCCUGUAUGGCAAGCUGAUAUUCGUGAAGGAGGACUACGAUGCGGAGGAGGGCAACCAGGGCAACCUGAUGGACAUGAUGUACGAGGGCAUGAGGCGCUCCGAUCCCGAGCUGGCCGCCAUACCCGGCAAGGUGUGCACCCUGGACAGGCGCUUGCGGAUGAAGGCCUCGCGGCCGAGGUCGUUGGACCUGUCCAACUGGUCCGUGGACUCCAAGUCCUCCAGCCUGUACACGUCGUCGGGCAGCGAGGAGAGCAUGGGCAUACGGCACUUUGGCGGGAGAUCCGUCUCGAGAAACAGCAGCAGUGCCAGCCACAAGACCUCCGGCACGGGCAGCGAUCUGGGCAAUAUAUCCGAGAACGGGCUGAUGACCACGGCGGACAUACACCACCACCAGCAACAGCAGCAGCAGCAGCAGCAGCAGUUGCUAAUUAGCUCCUCCUCAGGCAAAACAGAGGAGACAGGCGGCAGACUGGGGGGCACAGUGAGUGCUGCUGGCCUGGACAAACCAGCCGCCGCUGCGGUGGCCACGCUGAAGCGCAAGCAGAAGCAGAACUCCAAGCAGCAGCAGCAGCAGAGCGCCGACGGACCGCGGACAGUGAUCACGCUGAUGGGCGGACGGGGCUACUGGCGCCAGAUGUGGUACAAUGGCGGGGCGGGCGGUUCGCCCAGCCACAAGAACAGCUCCUCCGGCGGAGGCAGUGCAUCCGGCUCGGGCGGACAGGAUAAUCCCAGCUGCUCGCCACUGACGGCCAACUCCAAUGACGCCCACAUUGUGGUGUGGGAGAAGAAGUUAUAAUCGC